AAAUGUUGAGGGAAACAAUUCCAUUUGACCCAACCCUGUUUGAGCCUAAUGGUGAUGUCAUUGACACUGUCGUUGCAAAGGGGAAAAAGGGAAGAGGAAAGAAGCCUGGCAAAAAGGAAGUUGUCGAAGAAAAUAAUCUGAACAGAGUAGAAGCUGCAGCUCCAGCUCCAGUUGCUGAAACCAAGGAGAAAAGAGGAUGUGGAAAGAAAGCUCAACCACGAGUAGCAAAAUCUGAAGAAAUGAGUUCAUCACCCGAAGUUAAUCCUGAACCAGUUGAGGAUACUGCACAAGAAAAGGACGUUCAGGUGUGGGUGUUCAAGGUGGUUGCAGAGCCUAAAUCAAAGCCUGGACCAAAAUCUAAAACAGGGCCUAAAUCCAAAAUGGAAACUAAACCAACUGAAGCGGAAUCUGAAACUACUCAGGUUGUUGAACCAGAAGUUGUGGAGAAGAAAGGGCGAGGGAAAAGGGGUAACCAAGUGCUCGAUACAGCGCCUCCAACCGUCACAGAGGUGGUUACUGAUCAACCCGAAGUCCAAGCUCCGCCAGUCGUUGCUGCAGCAACUGAAGUUUCUCCAGCUCCUGAAGUCAAGAAAGGACGUGGAAAAGUAAAGGCCACAGUCGAAGAAGUCCCAGAACCAAAGGAAUCAGAAAAUCUAGUCACAAACGAACCAGACACUAAAGAGAAACGGGGUCGAGGCAGACAAGCUUCAUCGAAAGACGGAACCGAAAAAGCUGCCAAGGCCAGUGAGGAACCGCUACCUAAUGACGAGACUGAAUCUCCUCUUCCCGCAUCUCCUGUAGCUGAAACUAAAGAAAAGCGAGGCAGAGGACCACAGGCCAAGGCGCAAGCUGAAGCUCCUGUCGAAGAAACGACCGAAGCUGUAGAAGUUGUUCCAGCCAAAAGAGGUCGUGGGAAGAAAGCAGCCGCUCCAGCUGCGUCCAAAGCUGACGCCGAGGAGGAAGCAGUUGAAGAGGUGAAAGAGGCUAAAGCGAAGGGAAAGAAAGGAGCUGCUGCUGCCAAGAAACAUGUUGAAGAAGAAGUAGAGAAACCUGCAGUUCCAGAAGAACCAGCUGCUCCUGUUAAAACUGUGGUGGAAUCGCCGGAAACUUCGAAAGCUGUUCCAGCCAAGAGAGGUCGCAGAAAGAAGGCAACCCCACUGGCCAAGGUGGCUGCGGAUGAAGAAGCCGAGGCAGUUGAAAAGGUUAAAGAGAUUAAAGUCAAAGGAAAGAAAGGACCUGCGGCGAAGAAACAGGCUGAGAAAAAAGUUGCUGAGAAGAAACGAGGAGCCAAGAAAGAUGACAAAGCCCCGGAACUUCCUCUGCGAGUCGUCAAUGGACUGGAAGAAGAUAGUGAAACAAAUCCGUCGAAGCGGAGUAAAACUUCCGAGGAUGCCGAAGCUGCUGCGGAAGAGCCGGAGAAAAAGGCUGGCCGAGGACGUAAAAAGAAGGAAGAACCGCAACCUGUCGAGACUGAAAACAAGUCCCCAGACGACGGAAAGAAGAAAGGCAAGCGCGGCGGAAAAGAGGAAAUUGCUGAGGUUGAAAAGAAGAAACCCGUUGGUCGGAAGAAGGCGGCUGCUGCUGCUGCUGUUGCUGUUGUCCAGGAGGAAGAACCAGAGGCUGUGGCAUCACCGGUCCAGACGAAACAACGUGGCAAACGUGGUGCAGCCCAGGCUGCUGAUUUUGUCACCGUAAUCUCUGGCCAGAAUUCGACGGAUCCUUCGCCUAAGGGUUCUCCCGUAGUGAAAUUGUUUCAUUUGAAAUUGGUGGAAGAGAAGCAAGCUCAAGCUGAAUCCGACGAAGAAGAAGUUAUUGUACCUGUUGCUGCUACCAAGCGCCCUUAUACCCGCCGCAACAAAUGAACAAGUUUUCGAAAUAUGCUUUAAAUUUACGUGUUCAAUAACCUAGCUGGGUGAUUGAUUAUAACCUUCUCUCUAUUGUCAUUCCACUAAACGUUUUUCGCCUUUCCAUUAAAUUUUUGUGCUUUUCAGUUGCCUUUCAGUUCGUUGCUCCAGCUGUUCAUUACCGUAAUAAACAUUCGGAUCCGUUAUGAA